AUGGAGAGGAUUGGGGCGCCGGGGGGCUCCUCCCCCUCGGGUGGCCGCGGAGGCCCCGCCCAGCGCCGCGGCCCCGCCCCUCUGGCGCGGUCUCUUCACGGCGGCGGCGGCGCCUCCAUUUUCUGCUCCUCCUCCUGGCCGAGCGCAAGCUGCUGCGGCCGCCCUCGACAGCCGCCGCCGCCCCUCCUGCAGCCGCCCCCGGCCCCGCAGCCGCCCCCGCGCCGCUGCAGCCGUCCCCCCGACGCCGCAGCCAGGCCCCGCAGCCCGGAGCCCCGGCCCUGCCCCAGCAGCCGACGCCGACGCCUCUUCGCCGACGCCAUGAACGAGGAGUACGACGUGAUCGUGCUGGGCACCGGCCUGACGGAAUGUAUUCUCUCUGGCAUUAUGUCAGUGAAUGGAAAGAAGGUCCUUCACAUGGAUCGCAAUGCUUACUAUGGAGGUGAAAGCGCAUCUAUUACCCCCCUGGAAGAUUUGUACAAAAGGUUUAACCUGCCAGGAUGUCCACCAGAGUCGAUGGGCCGAGGAAGAGACUGGAACGUGGACCUGAUUCCCAAAUUCCUUAUGGCUAAUGGCCAGCUGGUCAAGAUGUUGCUGUACACAGAAGUCACUCGCUACUUGGACUUCAAAGUGACUGAAGGAAGCUUUGUCUACAAAGGAGGAAAGAUUUACAAAGUUCCUUCAACUGAGGCAGAAGCCCUGGCAUCCAGUCUGAUGGGCUUGUUUGAGAAAAGGCGCUUCAGGAAAUUCUUGGUGUAUGUUGCCAACUUUGACGAGAACGAUGCCCGCACCUUUGAAGGGGUUGAUCCCAAGAAGAGCACCAUGCGUGAUGUGUACAAGAAGUUUGACUUGGGCCAGGAUGUCAUAGAUUUCACAGGCCACGCCCUCGCACUGUACAGAACCGACGACUACCUAGACCAACCUUGCCAAGAAACAAUCAACAGGAUUAAACUGUACAGCGAGUCCCUCGCUAGAUACGGCAAAAGCCCCUACCUGUAUCCUCUUUAUGGCCUGGGAGAGCUGCCCCAGGGAUUUGCAAGGCUAAGCGCUAUCUACGGAGGCACCUAUAUGCUGAACAAACCGAUUGAAGAGAUUGUCGUAGAAAACGGCAAAGUGGUUGGAGUGAAAUCUGAAGGGGAGGUUGCCCGCUGCAAGCAGCUCAUCUGUGACCCCAGCUACGUCCCAGAGAGAGUGAAAAAGGUCGGAAAAGUCAUCCGGGUCAUCUGUAUCUUGAGCCACCCAAUCAAGAACACAAAUGAUGCCAAUUCGUGUCAGAUCAUCAUUCCCCAGAACCAGGUUAACAGGAAAUCAGACAUCUACGUCUGCAUGAUCUCAUCCGCGCACAAUGUGGCAGCACAAGGGAAGUACAUUGCCAUCGUGAGCACUACUGUGGAGACAGACGACCCGGAAAAGGAAAUCAAGCCUGCCUUGGAGCUCCUUGAACCCAUUGAGCAGAAGUUUGUUAGUGUCUGCGAUCUGUUUGCACCAACUGACCUGGGCAGAGAGAGCCAGAUCUUUAUUUCCCGCACCUAUGAUGCAACCACCCAUUUUGAGACGACGUGCGAUGACAUCAAAGAUAUUUACAAGAGGAUGAUGGGGUCAGAUUUCGACUUUGAAGAGAUGAAACGGAAGAAGAACGAUAUCUACGGAGAGGAAGACCAGCAGUAACGGUGCUUUUAAGUCUUAAGUUAGUUCUAAAUUGGCUGGUGUCGGUGUUUAUGCACAGAGGAACUUGAGCGAGCACCGUACGAAGUUCAAUAUUGUAAGGCCUGCUUUUUUUGUAAUCAUAUCUCUGAGAUUGAAAGAGUCCUGCACUGGUAAAAAAAAUGCUCCUUCCCUCUUUGGAUAUAAUCAUGUGUUAAUUAUUCUUUAAACAAGGUUGCUGUGUCAAAAUUGGCGGAUACUGACACUCCUGACUCCUAACUGUUGCUAACUUAAGGAUAAGCAGACAUUAAAUUUCUCUCGCUGACCUAGCUGUGGAGGGUGCAAGCCAAAAAAAACCCCCACACACCUCCUGUUACCUUUAUCUGAAACUUUGUAGCCCUCUGUGGGUCUGAUUCAGUGAAAGGGACAGGUCCCCUCCUGUCCAUCUUUCGUCUUUCAACCUUGCCCCCUCCCUCUUGGGGGGGCGGGAGCUCAUCCCAAGCAGCCCCUUCUCAUCUCGUCUUAAAUUCAUGGCGAGCUGCAUCAUGGCCAAAGCCCACAGCAACUGUAGCCACACAGUAGGGUUUUUACCCAGUGCUCUCCUCCUCCUUUAAGCGCCUCCCCCCCCCCCUUUACUAAAAGCUUCUCAAACCGUUUACAUCUGUUAGGACACAACUGUGCCACAAGGCUUUUUGUGUUUUAAAAGCGAUACUAAUAAUAAAAAGGAAAAAAAAAACUUGGUGCAAGAACGAAACUCCAAAGCAGGCAAGGUGUGUGCAAGUAUCUUCAUUUCUUUUCUUCCCCCCCCCUCCCCUUGCCCCCCCUCCCCCCGGCGUACCUCGUCUGGCUUCUCGGGUGGACCAAACUGCACUGCAGUAUUGAUUUGACGGAGCCUGGGGUCCUGUCUGGAAAAGGCUCCAGAUGACUUCUGUACUGCCAAGUAAAGCCAACUUCUGGAAACAAAAA